AUGAAAGUGCAAUGUCCAAAACAUAAAGGAUCAGAAUUCCUUUAUAUUUUAUAAAAAGAGAAAGAAAUUGAAUUUAUUUGUGAUCAAUGCCAUUCAAAUUUAAUAGAUAAGAAUAUAUUGAAUGAAAAUUAAAAUUUAAUAAAUAUCAAGAGGGUAGAUUGUUUACAUAUUUUAUAAGGCUUUUUUAUAUCCAGAAUAUUUGUUUUCUAAAUUUACAGAUUCUUAAAAACUACAACAAUUCUUUUAAUAAUUAAUUGAAUAUGAUGAACACAAUUUAGACUAUAAAUUAAUGUCAAUAGAAAACUUAAUAAAGGAAAUGCAAAACUAGUUAAGUCUUAUGCAGUAAGAGUUGUUCGUUUAUAAAAAGAAAUUUAUCGAACUUAGAUAAUAAAUAAGAGAAAGUCUAGAAGAAGUAUUAUUUAAAUAUUAAUUAGAUAAUCAAAUUUGAUCAAUUCAAAUAAUAGAUUGGAAACUUAAAUUAAUUAUAACAAUCUAUUAAUCCUUUAGACAUAUAGCAAUGUGAAAGAAAUGUUUACAUUUACUUUUAGAAUUNA